UCCCACAAGCCAUGGAGCAAGAAGGCAGCAGGGAGAGUUCGAGGGAAAGUCAGCAGCUUAGGCUCUUGGAGAAGAGCCACAAGAAACUGGUCCUACCUGAAAAAGACCGUAGAAAAACCCUGGACAUUCUUGUUUUGAAGAAACCCUGCAUCCCUGGGAAAUGCUACCGAGACAGCAGUGGGGAAGGCCCAGCCUCAGGAGGGGACAAACUUAGACCAGAAGCAGAACUCCUGGCCCCCCAGCUUACCCUUCCCACCAAAAAAACUUACACAUGUGAGGAGUGUGGCAAGGGCUUCAGCUGGCAGUCUCACUUGGUGACCCACCAACGUAUACACACAGGGGAGAAGCCCUAUACAUGUACAGACUGUGGCAAGUGCUUCAGUCGAAGCUCCCACCUCAUUCAGCACCAGAUCAUCCACACUGGGGAGAAGCCUUACACCUGCCCUGUCUGCUGGAAAAGCUUCAGCCAUCACUCCACACUGAUACAACACCAGCGCAUCCACACUGGAGAGAAGCCUUAUGUGUGUGACCGGUGUGCCAAGCGCUUCACCCGGGGCUCUGACUUGGUGACCCACCAGGGGACCCAUACAGGUGCCAAGCCUCAUAGAUGCCCAGAAUGCAACAAAGGCUUCAGCCAGAGCUCAGCCCUGGUCACCCACCGGCGGACCCACACGGUUGUCAAGCCCUACCUGAAGUGCGGCAAGCACUUCAGCCAGCGCUCCAACCUCACUGCCCACCAGCGCACCCACACAGGGGAAAAGCCCUACUCUUGUAGCGACUGUGGCAAGAGCUUCAGCCACAGCUCCCACCUCACUGCCCACCAACGAACUCACCGUGGUGUCCGGCCCUACCCCUGUCCCCUGUGUGGCAAGAGCUUCAGCCGUCGUUCUAACCUUCUUCGGCAUCAGAAGAUUCACACUGGCCCCAAGGCCUUGGCUGUGCUGAUGCUGGGGGCAGCAGGGACUCUCACCAACCCUCGCCCUGCUCCUCCCUAA